CUAACAUCCAGUGAUGGCCUAAGUUGGUAGUUAUCUUACUCGUCUGUUUUACUGUGAACUGAGCAAAGCAUUUUACAUUUCUGUGUGGAAAUGUUACGUCGUCCAUUAUGUGCAGAUGUUGACCAACUCCUACACCUUUCAUCAGUAGCACAAAUGAGACUUAGGACGAAAGGACUAGUAGUAAGCGUUUCCACUUAAACAGCUCCAAUGUGAUUAUUACCACAGUGUGCGAGUUUUCGCAACAUUAACACAUUUUCGUUCCACUCUGAUUGACCCAUUGUCUUUGAUCGGCGCUGGUGAUUGUUGAAUGACGCAUAGCCUUAAAAAUCUUCAGUUUAGAGACGGUCUAAUAACUACACUACAUCAUAGCUUUGGAUUUUGAACGCUUCAUGAAGAAACACUUGAACCUGAAAGUCGGAUCAGCUGUAGCAAGGACACAUUCUUAUUCUUUUGGUAUAGCUGCGAAUUAAACAGUUCAUACUUUUUACCUUUUUCUGCUGAAUGCCUGCUGUUUACUCAUGUUUCGCUGAUUCAGCCUUGACAAGAGUAAAAAUCGAGUAAAAGGAACGCGAGAAGUCAUUAGAAUGUGUGAAAUUGUUUACUUGGGUCACCUGCUACUGGUGUUUAGUCAAACAUCAUGACAGAUCUCCGGGCAGGGAGCGAUUAAGGAAACUUUUUUUUGCAAGGGAUUUUACACUUGUUUAUUAUCGUGUUUGUUGAUCUCGUACCUUCAUCAGCUGUCAUUUUGUCAACGAGAUCACUUAAGAUAUAAACAGCUUAUUAAGUAGCAUUAUUGCCCAAGAGAUACAAAAGGAGAUUGACAUUAGUAAUUUAAUUAAUCUCACUGCUUUUUGGUAAUUCGUAGCUUAUAACAUAAUUAAUACUCUCAGGCACUCCAUUUAAGGCUCUUGGCUUAUUUUAAAAGUAACGUUGUAAUGAAAAUAAUUUUUAUUUUCUGGUAAUGUAAAGCUCAAAUCAGAUGGGUAUCCAUUUGAAAUCCGCAUCAUGGCUCACUAAGCUCUGAAACACCAGCGAUAUCACUCAUCGUUUAUGCAUUUCAACAUUUUGAAAGCCAUUCACACAGCACCAGCAACUUUAAAACCAAAAUAAACUUUUGAAGAAGCAUCAAAACGAACAAAAAGUGUAAUGAACAGACAAAAAUGCUCGUAUAUCAUGGUUGUUAGGUCUUUAAAAGAACAUAUUCACUCGUGUGUACUCGGGUCAACCCUAGCUGCGUUCGAAGUUUAAGUUAGUUUGACUGACCCUCUUGUUUUAAAACAAUCAGGCACCAGUUGGAUAUUUGCUUUAAAGUUUUGGUAACACUGGUUUUGACACUGGUCAAUAACGCUGUUAUAUUACCGGUAUAUUUUUAUAAGAAGCAAGAACCGAGGCAAGAUUCCUAUGAAGCGAAGCGUGAACACAAUGGCUGCCACGAUCCCCGCAUUGGACAAUAGAGUUACCAUGAAUUAUUUACCGGUGCCUCUCAUAAAACUCCUUGACGAACAAUAGCGGCCGCAUAUAGCGGAAACGUUUCGACUGUCAAGGCUUAGCCAUGGAUUAUAGGCUGGUCUUUUGUUCCCUUUUAUUUGUCAUCGUCUCAGUGUCUGCCAAGGCAACACGUCGAGGAAGUAUAUUCAAAAGAAGUCCUAACCCAUGUCCUCCUGGUUGUCCGGGAUCAUGCGCCCCGUCAUGCACUGCGGUAUGUUGUGCACCUCCACCCCCACCCCCACUUCCACCUCUUCCACCACCACCACCUCCCCCACCACCACCACCACCCGGUCCCCCUGGCCCUGAUGGUCCAAUGGGAAUGGCAGGACCACCUGGCCCCGAUGGCCCUAAAGGACCCCCAGGACCUCCAGGACUACCAGGACCACCUGGUCUCCCAGGUCUUCCAGGUGCCCCAGCUGGUCCUCCAGGACGUGACGGCCCCAUGGGACCUCCAGGGCCUUCUGGACAUCAAGGACCACCCGGUGAUCUGGGCCCCAUGGGACCUCCAGGAGCCCCAGGCCUGCCCGGACCUCCAGCUCCACCUGGUGGGAUGCCUCCUUGUCCACCUGUCUGCGUCCAUACUUGUAUCAAGGCUUGUGCCCCACAAUGUUGCCACGGCCGAAAGAAGAGAUCUCACCUCCUGGAAUGGCCAGGAGUUGAAAGACGCGAACCAUCAUUCGCCGACGACUUUGCAUCUGCAAAGAUGGGUUUACUUAUGGUGCUGGGUUCCGUCCUCUUUAUAACUUCUAUCGCAUCAGCGUCAACACUCGACCGCCUACGGCACUACAAAAGAAGUCCUAAUCCGUGUCCACCAGGAUGCCCUUCUUCAUGUGCUCCUGCUUGUCAAGUAACAUGUUGCUCACCCGCCCCUCCACCACCACCACCACCGCCCCCACCGCCACCACCUCCGCCACCCCCACCACCUCCUGGCCCGCCAGGAAUGGACGGACCCAUGGGAAUGCAGGGACCUCCAGGACCUGACGGACCAAAAGGACCGCCAGGACCCGUCGGUCUUCCUGGCCCAGUUGGUCUACCAGGGCUUCCCGGAGCUCCAGCAGGUCCACCCGGACGUGACGGACCCAUGGGACCCCCAGGGGCUCCCGGAAACCAAGGUCCUCCCGGAGAUGCUGGACCACCCGGACCUCCUGGACUUCCUGGUGCUGCAGGACAACCGGCUCCUCCCCCCAUGCCAAGCCCUUGCCCAGCUGUGUGCACCCACACAUGCAUUCGAUCCUGUCCGCCACCAUGUUGCCGUCGCUAAGUACCUGUAGACAAGUUGCGUUUGAGCGAUCCUGUUGCUUUUAUUAGUUUAUAGCGGUUUGAGAAUGGAGUGUUCUUUUUUUUUUCUCUAAUAAAAUGAUUUAUCAAAACAAAUAUGUUUGGUUUUUAAGCCCGAGCAGUACGGGGAUGAUGGUUGUAGAGAGACUUUAAGGAAGACUUAAGUAAUCGAAAUUUCAAUCUCUAGUGAAAGACAUGUUUGUACUAGAGAACUAAUGGUUAUUUGAGAUGCAUUUUCUUUUUUCUUCGAUACAUGUUACACUCGUAUUUAGUUGUUGUGAAUACGUCAACUCUCUGAUGAUAGAGACUGGGACUACCAUUUUACUUAGGUUACCUAAAAAAUAUAAGUAUGAGAGCGCAAACAUUGGUAUGGAAAUCACACUUGUGCCAAUGCCUCUGUUGUGUCUCUUACGAAGGUCGUUCAUGUACGUUCAGUAACACGUAUGCAAAACAUAUUCGCCAUGUAUACCUGGACAAGGAACCAAUUAAACUAUUAUUUUAAGAUUUA